AUGUCUGAUUCAAAGCACCAAGACGUCGACAACACCAGCAAUGGCGAGGAACAGGUCUCAACUGGCGAGAAGCACCAGAUUCAGCAUGACUCUCCUGAUGCGAAGCGCACCAAAAAAGAGGCUGGUCAGACGACUCUUGAUGAUGUAGUGGUCAUUUCGGAUGAUUCGAAGGACAAUGACAGCGCUGCGGAGAAAGAAGACGACACCAAGGCCAAGUCUGACAAGAAGGAGGAAACCAAUGGCGAAGAGCCCAAGCCGGAUGACAAGAAAGAGGCCAAUGGCAAAGACUCUGAGACCAAUGGAAAGCAGGAGACCAACGGAAAGGAUGCUGUACAGCCUUCAGAGGAGCCCGACGUCCCUUCAAGCAUCCUCGAAAAGGGCAUCAUCUACUUCUUCAUCCGUGGUCGCGUCAAUCUCGAAGACCCCGAGAGCGUCGAUGACAUUGCUCGUUCCUUCAUCAUGCUCCGACCCAUCGAAAAAGACGCUCGUCUCGGUGACGGUCCCAUUGCUGACUCCGGCAACACUCGCAUCCUCGCACUCCCCAAAAAGACGCUUCCCGAGAGUGGAAAAGAGCGCUACAUGGUAUUCGUCGAAAAGUCUGGCGUCUCGUAUGAAGAGAUUAAGAAGGAGUUCUUGUCCGCAGACGAGUAUGAAACCAAGACUGCUGGUACACGUCGUACACCGCCUGCUAAGCCUGUUGGUGAGGGCGUGUAUGCCAUUACAUCGACUGGUCGAGAGAGCCAUCUGGCUUAUUUGACGACGCUGCCUGAAAAGCUUGAGGAGGUCCAGAAGGAAUUGGGACUGAAGGAGAAGGGAAGCUUCAUCAUCAGCACCAAGAACCCACAGUAUCCAGGACCUCAGAACGCUCAAUUACCUCAGGGGCCUGACUUUCCCAAGGAGUCAGUAUCACCACCUUUUAUCGCGACAAUUGCUAACAUGGACAGAAUCAUUGAUGAGUUCCGCUCUCUGCGCUGGCUUCCCUCCAAGCCCUCCCACUUUGACUACCCCAACGCUCAAAUCCUUCUCAUCGGUGAAUCAGAUGGUAUUGAGAAGGCUGUUGAGCCUCAGAAGAAGGAUCAGAAGGAUGGAAAGGAGGAGCCUGAGACGGUGCUUGAGCAUCUUGAGGAUGACGAUGUGAAGCGCAUGAAGCAUCUUGGUGAUGACCAGUCUGCAGCUAUCUAUGCGGACUUGCACGUCCAGGCUAAGGAUUAUCCCAAGAUGCAGACGACCUUUUAA